AUGAAGACACAUGAACGUGCAGCAAAUAUCGCUCUUGCAGGUAAUUUCUCUAUGAUGUGUGCAUUAUCAGCAAGGUCUACUAAAUCUUGUGUUGAAUAUUUGUUGUCUUUUGUGAUUUCUCUCAUUAGCACGUAAUUAGAAGCCUCUUCCUUUUAAGAAAAUUUUUCAUUGGUAGGUGUCCUUGCUGAUGAACACUACAUUUAAUACACGAAUGUUUGCCAAAAAAUGCAGUUAUAAUCUAAUUAGAAAUUCUUGGUUGUUCAUCAUUUUACACCAUAAAAUAGAUAAAUUGUGUGCUUUCACAUUUCUGUUAGCUUUACUUUGUUGCAUGAGUUGGUGCACACUUUACUAUAUACACUUUGGUCCUUCAUCUUCAUGUGGCAGAUGAAACAGAAUGAGCUUUUUUCCUAAUGAAUCUUUUUGAUUCUUUAUCAAUUUUGGCGCAUUUUCUACCAGAUUUUUUUUCCAACUCGAACCACUUUAGUUAUGAAUUUAUGUUAUCUCCACGAACUGGAUGAAAUUCGGAUUAAUGCCAGAGCGUGCAAAGUUUUAAGGGGAAACUAUUCAACAUGAGAAUCUGAAAAAUAUGAGAAAUCAGUAUUUUUUUCGAACUCAAUAGUUGAUAUUUGUAGAAGCCAGACUUCUAUAGGAAGGAGACAUGCGAAGGUUUUAGAUUGGCUAUAUUUUCUUGUACCAGCGUGUAUUUUUUUAUUCAAUAGUGAACUAUAUCUUUUAUCUAUUUUGGGGAAGGAACAACUGGGAUUUCGAUAGGAUGUGCAUUCUAUUUCUUUUAUUUUCCCCAAUACUUGCUGCUUCUCAUAGUGGUAUUGUUCCGUUUGUGAAAUGACAAAAAUCUUCAAUGACAAAAAAUAGGAGAAUGAUCUUUUGUGGUGGGCUUAUGGCAGCUUCUCCUACUGUGUCAUAUUUCUUGCCUAUGAAAUGUUUGCUUGACGAACUUGCAGGUCUCGUUUUGGCUCCGCUGAUUGUGAAGGUAGAACCUAAUGUGAAUGUGAUCUUAACGGCAUGCCUGACUGUUUACGUAGGAUGCUACCGCUCUGUCAAGCCAACACUUCCUUCAGUAAGAAUACCUUUCCUUGUUAAGCUUUACAUUAUUAGAAAUACUUUGUUUACAUGAACCUGUUUGUGGACAUUCUGCUGCAUGAUUGAUUACUCCGUGUUUUGUGCAGGAGACAAUGUCAAAGGAACAUGCAAUGCGCUUUCCUUUGGUCGGAAGUGCAAUGCUGUUGUCCCUGUUUUUACUUUUCAAGUUUCUCUCAAAAGACUUGGUUAAUGCAGUGUUAACAUGCUACUUCUUCGUUCUAGGGAUCAUAGCUCUAUCGUAAGUUUUUUGUUUGGAACCAUUAUUCAUUGUUUAUAUUAUCAUUUUUUUUGACUGCUUUGCAGUCUCAUUAGCUCCUGGAUUUUGCAGUGCUACAUUGUUACCUGCCAUUAAGCGUUUCCUACCAGAAACUUGGAAUGAAGGCCUCAUUAUUUGGCGUAUGCCAUAUUUUCACAGUAUGUGCUAUUUUUUAUGUAACUCUCAUAUUUAUUUGAGAUCAUAUCAAGUACUAUUUGUUUGUUUAAUUGCUACGGAAGGUAGGGCUAGAUGAUUAGAUAAGAUGAAAGAGAAAAGCUGAAUCUGUUAAUAUCAAGCUAACUGGAUUCAUGUUAAAGAUGUAACCUGGCUAGUGUGCUUCAGAGAUCAAAAUGCCUCACUGUUCAUGGACCAUUGUAAUAAAACUUUCAUGUCGCCUUUGUCCAGACAAAUAAAACAUGAACUUCCGUUUUUUUAUGUAAUUUGUGGAGUAGAUUCUCCAAAGUUGAUUACAUCUUUUAUUUUCUCAUCUGGGAGCUGUUUUGAUUCUUUUAAAAUAGUUGACAGGAAAGAGAAUAUAGUUUGUAUUUUUUCGAGGUCCUUUCACUGUGCCACCUACAUUUACCUUUGGCCAGAUGGGCUUAAUGCGUACAUGGAUGGGAAAUUCUAUGUAUAACUCGGGAUAAGUGAGAAUUAAUCGUUAUUCUGAUUAGCAGAAGAGGAGAGUUCUAAAAUGAUAUAAAAUGGAAAGCAUAGGCAAGUACUACCGGAGGACACAUUGAAUAUCCGUGAAGGAUAAUGUGUGCGGCCUUUUAUUCAACUGCUAUAUGAAACAGAAUUUGUCUUCCGGGGGAGUUCUCAUUACACUAGAUGACAGAAUUUUCACUUCUUCUGUUUCCUGAAUAAGUUUGACUCUAAGAUCUGCAGCUUAUUUUCACUCUAAAAUGCCCAAGCUUCUUAUAUGAUAUGUCAUUAUAAACUCUUGAAGGCCCUCUACGAAUAGGCAAUCUUAAAUGCGUUGUUUGUUUCUCUACUCUUGACUAAUAUUCCUCAACUAAUUUUUUCAGCUAUUUCGGUCGAGUUCACUAAAUCUCAGAUCGUGGCAGCGAUACCUGGGACAUUUUUCUGCAUCUGGUAUGCUUCAAAGAAGCAUUGGUUAGCGAACAAUAUUUUGGGGAUUGCUUUCUGCAUUCAGGUUAUCUUUUCAAUGACAGAAAGCAAAAUUUAUCAUUUGUUUCUUUAAUUCUUUUAAGGUGAUUUUUUUUUUUUUGUUGAUAUUUUAAGACUUCAUUUUUCUUUCUGACCUUCUCCUUUUAUCUCACAUUUAUUGUGAUUCCUUGAUUUGUACAUUUGCCAUCUCUUAAGCAACUCAUCUUCUUUUGGAUACCCAAUUCUGGUUUAGGUAGUUUGACUCUGGAGUAUGGUGUUUUCUACGAAUAUUAUUGUUUUUUUUGCUUUAUAAAACAUCUGUUGUCUCGUUCAUGACAGCGUGUUUCAUGCCCUUACAUAAGCAUGUAAGGGAUUAUGUAUUUGGAAUGUAUCAACUAGCUCCAUAUACUAUUUUUACUAUUUUUCUCGAUUAGAACCCAUCCGUCUGAGGGGCACUUGGGGAACUGUGGCUGACCUUCAUCAUUGGCUUUCUCAUCUGGAGCCAGUCAGUUGGAUAUGAUUAGUUGACUAGGCGGGAUGACUUCCCAGCACCUAGGGUGUAAGAUUCAGUUAUUAUCUAUUCAGGUUUGAGUUGAGUCAGUCGUUUUGUACUAUGCUGAAAUCUGACCUUUGGUAUUAUAGAUGAUCUGUAAAUAUCCAAUAUUCCAUUUCAAGAAGGUUCCUAGUGAAUGAGGGAGGACCUUUGAGGGCUUGGUCUAAAGGGUCCUCUCUUAUGGUUGAUAUUAUAUUCAAACAUAUUACCUUUGAUGUCAGCCUCUUUCUUAUCACUCUUCAAGGGAACACGCCAGAAGUUUCUGCUACUGUGUCUUGCAUUAUGGGUGAAAUUUUGUGCAAAAUCAUACACUUGAUGUAGUGCCCAUUUUAGAAUUCGUAAACUAGCAUGCCAAAAGCUGAACACUCAUAACAAGCUUUCAUAUUUUUUUACAGGGAAUAGAAAUGCUGUCUCUGGGAUCAUUCAAGACGGGUGCUAUCCUCUUGGUAAGAAUAAGAAUAUGCAGGGACCUUUUUUUUUCCGGUACAUGAUAUCUAUCACUUGGUGGUGAUGUGUCGCAACAUGGUUGUGCAAAAAUAUUUGGGAUCAUUCUGGUUCUGCAUAAUUUAAGUUCGAGUAAAUUUUCUUUCAUUUUUUAUCGGUUCCUCUGUAGAUUUAUAUGGUGAUUUUUUUUUUUCUAAUCUGUGUUAUUGGGCUCAACUGACUUUUGAUGAGGCACUUCGAAAUGAAAUUGGCUUUCACAUUGAUCUUAAAAUAUUGCUAAAACUGAUUCCGUUAUGGAAAAGUAAACGACGCACAUUCAAUCCACGUCACUUGUAAGGACCAAUUAUAUGUCAGAAUAGAUGAAUAUGAGUUUAUAAUGUUUGAUGCUUCGAGACCUCGUCUUUGAUUGGCUUUUAUCCUUUUCCCGAAAACCUACACUUUUUGACUCGUGUAUUUGCAGGUGGGACUUUUCUUCUAUGAUAUCUUCUGGGUGUUUUUUACUCCAGUGAUGGUUAGCGUUGCAAAAUCUUUUGAUGCCCCCAUUAAGGUUUGCCUUAUAUGCACUUAACCGAGUCCACCAGUCUAUGAUUUUAGUCCGAGUCUCCAUCAUUUUAUUUCCAGAUGCAUUUAGUGGGUUGCCGUUUUUCAAUCUAGAUCUUGGUUUUUUUUGUGUAGCUCUUAUUUCCAACUUCGGAUGCUGCACGGCCAUUCUCUAUGCUUGGCCUUGGGGAUAUCGUAAUACCUGGUAUGAUUUCUGAUCCCUAAUUUCUGCUUAUCAGUUUAAUAAGUUUCAUCUUAUUGGUCUUGGUCGUCUCCUCUCUAUAUGAAAGGUGUUUUGUUAGUAAAGACUGAUAGCUUAUUAUACGUUUUGCCUUUUUUAAGACCUGACAACCUCCAACGCACAUUCAGUUGUUGUAACGUGUUUGUUUUAUAUAAUGGCAUUAUAUAAAGAACUCUGCACAAAUCCCAUAUGAAAGUUGGUCUUGGCCCAAAGGAAUUUGUAUACAUUAGAGUGAAACUUUCGAGAUAUGUACUGAGCGGGGAUACCUUUCAACUGCUUCACAAAAAAACCGUAGAAUUGAGUUUCUAAUGUCAUUGUGAUGUCUAAUUUAAUAGUAUUUUGCUAGGAUUGAGAAGGAAAUGAUAUUUUUUUAAAGACGCUGACUGUUUUGUUAAGACAUAUUUAGUCUUUGGGGCUUUUACCUAAGAGGCGGUGGUUUCUGCAAAAAUGUGCUCUGGUACGAGCCAACUUUUAUACAUUGGACUUAUGAAAAGGCCAUAUCAAUUGCUACACUUUGGGAGUUUUUUCAAAAAGAAAUUGAAACAUGCUGAAAAUCAGUUGGUGCUGAAUUAGGAGUGGAUACGACUGUUCAGGGUGUAAGUACGGGGAUGGACGUUAUUGGGUGCCUAUUUUUUAUCUCUGGUUAAAUGGCCUAGGUAAACUGUCUUGAGCUGCUUGCCAAUUAAUAAUACGAAGUAACUGAUGGAUAUAAAUCCUUGGUCAACAUUGCUGAUGAUAAAUUUCUAAUGUUGAUUCAUGGUGCUAUAUUAUGUCCCUGCCUUGUUUAUAGUAUUGUAUAUUUGAUUUCAUUUAUGUAGUUUUCGAUAUCUAGUCUCUUCUAAGAGAAAUGAUAAAAGUGGAAGUAUCAACAAGCACAACUUGCUUUCAGACUGAUUGUGCAUUUUCUGCUGCUAUAGGUAUUUUUGUGGCGCUGGCAUUGCGUUUUGAUGUUUCUAGAGGAAAGGACAGUCGUUACUUCAGUAGUGCUUUUCUUGGUUACACAGUGGGUUUGGUCCUUACGAUUGUUGUGAUGAACUGGUUUCAAGCUGCGCAGGUAAAAAUCGUAAAUGGGCCUAUUGUUAUGAUCAAUCCUCUUAAGAUACUCCUUUGUUAAUGUGAUGGAUUUCUCCUGCAGCCUGCACUUUUAUACAUUGUGCCUGGUGUCAUCGGAUUUGUGGCUACUCAUUCUCUAUGGAAAGGGGAAGUGAAACCGGUAUGUCUUUUUAUUGAUUAAAGAGUUUUUUUCAUGUGGCUUUUUGGUUCUAGAUUUUUACUUUCUGAGAGGCGUUUAUAUUACCUUGUUAAAGGGAUUGGCAUGUGCAUUAAAAAUACAAGAAAGAAAUUAGGCCGCUGAGAUCGAUUGCUCAUUAAUUAGACGAAGAAUCAGAUUGAAGUACUCACCUUCAAUUACAAAUCUUUCUGAUAAGAUUUUUAAGUGGAUUUUGACUUUGCUAAUUUGUUCCCUAACACAUGUACCUGGAAACCACCAGUUUUAUUUACGCGCAUGGUACAUUUUUGAUAUUGAAGAUGUUUUUAGUCAUAAAGUUUUUUUCAGUGUCAUCUCCUAGGUGUUCAUUCAUAUGUUUUUCUCUGUUGUUUUUAGGUCAGUUAGUGCGUUUAUGAUGGCCUCGAGUUUCGUAUUUUCUAACUUUGAUGACAGUUUCUGUUGUUCUUUUGUCCGCGCUUCUUCAGAGCUUUACUGUGGUCCAUCCAUCGUACAUACCAAAAGUUUUAAAUUCUAAAAUGAAGGAUUAAUGGGAUAUUCUAUUGUUUCAAAACAGUUUAAUGUCCCCCAAGAUGCUCAGCUUUUGUCUUUUCUGCUGAUGACGUGGUCUUCAGUUGUCUGGAAUUUUGGUAUUUCUCAGCUGCAAUUGGCAUCGUUCCUGGCAUUUCAUUUUUCUUGAGCUGCGAUCUGUGUUUUGGCAUUUUAUGAUUCGAUUGUCUGAACAGCAUCUGGUCCUCUUAUAUCCUUUCUCUUCGUUUUUUUAUCCUACAUUUCUCAGAUAAUUUUUCUUGUCAUAAUCAUGGUUAAAACUCUGCUGACGUGAACAAAUCGUAAGUAAGCAUUGAAUUUGCCUUCUUGGCUUACGAUCGCUUCAUAAAAUUCCUUUUUGGAGCUUCAACUGCCUAACCCCGGGACACUCUAACGUAAGAGGCAGUUUGUCAUCGUCGUUGAGUAAGACAGUCGACUCAGAAAGACAUGUAGGUCGGAUAGAGUAUGGUGAUUCGGUACAUACGCGUGGGAAUCUUUCAAAUCCAAGGGUUUUGGUUGCUCACUGACGUUUGAGAUUACACUGCUUGGGACGUGCUUGGUUGGGGGUUUCUGGGGAGCUAUUUAAUCAGGUUUGGAACCCCAUUGCAGUCAUGUGGGCGACUUCAUCGGCUGUUGUCCGUACUAUUUCAAUGUGAUGGCCUGAACUGUAACUCCUUUUCUUUUAAACACCAACAAGAGCCAUCUUCCAUUUGGUGCUCAAACGGCAAGGCAUGUGGAAAUCAACAAUCAUGAGUUAUCACAUCAUUCCUCUUAUGAAAGCCGUCAUCCAUUGGCGUGUUCAACAGCAUGUGGAAGUAACAUGAACAACAACAUGAGUGUUAUCACAUCAUUUCUCUCAUGAAAACUGUCCUCCGGGUACGAUGCAUCUUUAUCGCAUCCGGAAUUUGUGGCCCCAUUGGUCGCAGAUUGUUGCUGUGUUAUCGCAUGCUAGUGUUUUCACUAGUCCCAAUAAGAAUGCCUCUGUAAUAGUUCCAAUCUUUAUUGCCAUAAACAUGAUUAAACUGUUGAUAUUUGAGCCUCUAGUUUUCUAUUUGAUUUUAUUUUUUUAUUUUUUGCUAAGUUUAGCGUAAUUUCUGGACUCUGAUGCAUCAUGCCUUCUCCAUAGCUGUCGGCAGUUACCUUACCUUACACACUGUGAAUGUGGUUCACAAAGAGUUGCGUCUAUUUUUUGUGGGCACCACGCAUUUUGGAAUUUGGUGUUAGAAUAUGCAUGCUGCUAUUAUUAUUCAACGUUCCAUGAUUCGUGUGUAUCCUGCUACUUGGUGUGUAGUCGCAGUAGGGAUGGAACAGAUGGGCCACUUUCACAGGCGCCUUUCAGUCAGUUUUUUUAGUUUGCUAGCCAUCUGAAGAUAUAUAUAUAUCUGUUGCCACACAGCUCAGUAAAUUGCUACAGGCUGAAUAUAAUAUAUGUUUGCACACUGCUGUUUGGCGUUUGUUUCGUCCUGCAAGCCUUCUCGUCAUCUGUUCUGGCUGAAUGAUAAUAAUAAUCAUUAUAAUAAUAAUAAUAAUAAUAAUAAUAAUAGUAAUGAUGAUGAUGAUGAUGUCCAUCUUAUAGCUUCUUAUGGAGUGAUCUUGGUGCCCUGCUUGUAGCUGUUGGAGUACGACGAGUCGAAGGAGGAGGAGUCGAGUAGCAGUGCGCAACAGGAGAAGGGAGAAGGGGGGGAAGACGACAGCAAGAAAGAGGAUUGA